CUAGCGGUAUUCGACAACAAGUAUAGCGCGCUGACGCCAAAGCGCUGUUAUUUUAACUCCUCGCGUUCCUUGCAGUAGACGUUCCCCCCAAAAUCUCACAGUCGACAGAGGUAAUGCCGCCUGUCCGCUGGAUUCACUCCAAAAUAGCAACUGGUGACAUUCUUCCGGUAAGGGAGGACACCAACCUCUCUGUCUCGCGGUGCAUGCAAAUGUGGUGAAAUAUGACCUUGAUACCGUAUCUCAUCCUCCUAUGGAUUUCUGUGGUCAUCACGGAGGAUGUGGAUCCAUCAUUCAAGGUUGGUGUCCUCAUGGUGGAUAGGUCUGCUCGCAACCGCUUUGACAUCCAGAGGAUUGGACCAGCCAUUGACAUCGCGGCAGAAAGUUGUCAAUCAAAGUACAAUGUCACGCUGAGUCUGUUACCUGGUUAUUAUCCUCGAGAAUGUUCAGCGGAAUUGGCAAUUGGCAGGGCGACAGACUUGGCAAUGAAUAGUAAUAUCUCAGCAUUUGUUGGUCCAGCUUGUAGUGAUGAUUUGCAAGUGGUGGGAAGGUUUGCUUCGUAUAGAAACAUACCCAUCUUGACUGGACUUGGCGAUGUUUUGAAAGAAAGAGAUGAAUUUCGGACUUUGAUUCGAAUGUCUUAUGAUUUAAAGGAUAAAGCUCAUGCAAUUUUGGCAUUUUUGGAGCAUUUUAAUUGGAAGAAAUUUGGAAUGAUAUAUCGUCAGAGUGAUGUAUACUAUACGGCAAUGGCUGAUCUGUUGUUCUAUCUGGCAACUUCUGCUGACUUUGAAGUGAUUUGUCAACAGUCUUAUAUUCGAGCUGCUAAUAAAACUAUUCUUUCGAACUUGGAUAAGAUAAUGGAAACGAUGAAAGAUUGUUCUAGAGUGAUUGUUAUUUUGGGAGGAGACAAAGAUGUCCGAGAAAUGAUGCUGAUCGCUAAAAGGUUGAAUAUGACAUCUAAAGGAGAUUACGCCUUCAUCUACACCGAAUUGUUCCAGAAUGAAGCCAAAGGGAACCUUUCAUGGUCAAGAGGAAACGAGCCCUACGAAGACAAACUGAAGUUAAAGGAGGCUUAUGAAUCUCUCUUAAUUGUCAGUUUGAAUCAACCCUAUUCGGAAGAGUAUAAAUUGUUCUCGGAAAGAGUGAAAGAGCUGGCAGCAUUAAAUUACAACUGCACAUACACGGAAGAUGUGGUAAAUUAUUUUACUGCCAGUUUCCACGAUGCAGUUCUAAUGCUUUGUGAAGUAAUUAAUGAGACAAAAUUACUUGGAGAAGAUCCUUUGAACGGAACUAUUAUUACAUCCAGAUUGAAGAAUAAAAAAUUCAAUGGUAUUUCCGGACUUGUAACUAUAAAUGAAAAAGGAGAUAGAGUUGCAGAUUAUGCACUUUUGGAUCAAAAUGAUACAUUGAAAGGUAAUUUCGAGGUAGUUUUAACCUAUUUCGGAGCAACGAAGGAGUAUAAAGAGGUUAGUAGCAUCCAUUGGCCUGGUGGAAAGAUACCAAAAGACAAGCCAAGGUGUGGGUUUGAUGGAAAAGAUCCAGCUUGUUACAAAAGAGGUUUGAGACUGUUGGAAACCUCUUUGAUAAUCACGCUGUUCCUUUUAGUAGUAAUAAUUAUUAUAGGAGUGCUCACAUAUAGGAAAAUUCGAUUGGAGUCCAAAUUGGCCAAUAUGUCCUGGAGGGUGCGUUGGGACGAAAUAACUUUCCUGAAGGAUAUACGGAAUAGCUGCAUGAUGAGUCGGUUAUCAAUCACGAGUGCGAUGUCUUCUAAAAUGGAACAUGGAUGGGUAUGUUGGACGCCAUCUUUUCCCAAUAGCUUAUAUUUGGAAUCCUGUGCCGCUGAUGCUGCGAAUAAUCGAUUUAUUCUGACAGGUACAUAUAAGGGUAACACUGUGGCAGUUAAAAAGGUUUAUAAACAAAAGAAAAUAGAGCUUACGAGGUCAAUUCUCUUUGAAUUGAAAAAGAUUCGCGAAGCCCAACACCAGAACAUCGCCAACUUCAUUGGAGCUUGCAUUGAUGCGCCAAACGUUGCUAUACUUACAGAGUAUUGCCCAAAAGGCAGUCUUCAAGAUGUUCUGAAAAAUGAAUCCCUUGACUUGGAUUGGAUGUUUCGAUACUCAUUAAUCAACGAUAUUGUGAAGGGUCUUAGUUACUUACAUAACGGUGAAAUGGGAACCCAUGGAAGAUUGAGAUCCUCAAAUUGCUUAGUGGAUAGUCAUUUCGUAGUGAAAUUGACUGAUUUCGGCUUGCCAUCAUUUCGCCAUCCUGAGUCAAUGGCAAAUUGUGAAGAAAAAAAUAUGAAAAAAUUGUUAUGGAAAGCCCCCGAGUUGCUUCGUCUUCCUGUGUGCCCUCCUCAGGGAACGAUGAAAGGAGAUGUCUACAGCUUCGGUAUCAUUCUUCAGGAAAUCAGUCUAAGGGAGGAGCCCUUCUACCCUUUCAGGGACUCGAUGACCGUAGCCGAGAUCUUAGCGAGAGUUCGUACAAAAGAAAAUCCUCCGUUCCGACCAGUGGUGCCGACUGAAAGCUGCGCUGCUGGACUUUUAUCUUUAAUGCGAUGUUGCUGGUCAGAAGAGCCAGAAGAGCGACCGGAUAUCAGCCAAAUAAAAUCUGAGAUGAGAAUUUUAAACAGGGGCCAAAACGGCGAAGUAAAUAUAAUGGAUAAUUUGCUGAUGAGAAUGGAGCAAUACGCGCACAAUUUGGAGUCUCUAGUGGAGCAGAGAACAGCUGCUUUUAUGGAAGAGAAAAAGAAAUCAGAGGAACUGCUUUAUCAAGUAUUGCCUAAGUCUGUAGCCGAACAACUAAAACGUGGAAAAGCAGUGGAGCCAGAAUAUUUCGACAGUGUUACAGUUUUUUUCAGCGACGUUGUAGGAUUUACACAAAUGUGUUCUAUGAGCACACCUAUUCAGGUAGUUGAUUUUUUGAACGACUUGUAUACUUGUUUUGAUGCCAUCAUCAAUGAUUUUGACGUAUAUAAGGUUGAAACUAUUGGCGACGCUUAUAUGGUAGUUUCAGGCUUGCCUGACCGAAAUGGAAUGAGACACGCCAAGGAGAUCGCCAGAAUGUCUUUAGCUCUUUUGAAAGCUGUCACUUUUUUCAAGAUUAGACACAGACAGGAUGAUACCGUGAAACUUAGAAUCGGAAUUCAUUCAGGUCCAUGUUGCGCUGGUGUUGUUGGCCAGAAAAUGCCGCGCUACUGUUUGUUUGGUGAUACUAUCAACACGGCUUCUAGAAUGGAGUCAACUGGGGAGCCUUUAAAAAUACAUGUAAGCCCAGAUACAAAAAUAGCUUUGGAUUAUUUUGGUAAUUUCACUCUGGUUCCUCGUGAAGAAAUACAGGUUAAGGGCAAAGGAAAGAUGCAGACUUACUGGCUGAUAUCCGAGAAUGAAGCAGCUCGUGUGACGCCGUCACCCGCCGUUCAGAAGAGAUCCAAGGAUCAAGUGAAGAGAAGACGGUGACUGAUAGAGAACUUAGAUACUUGUUUGAGCUAUUUAUAAAAUUUCAUUGGCAUUACAGUGUCAUUGCAAAACAUUGUGAUAAAUUCUCGUACGAUUCGCAGGCAUCUUCAGAAGUGAUAUCUCAGUUUGAUAUCAGAUACUGAAAAAAUAUAUAUCUGAGAAUGAUUAUGAUGUUUGGUAAAAAAGAGGCAUGGAAAAUUAUAACAUGAGAGAGAAACGUACGAUGAAUAUUUGAUGGUGGAUAGACUGAAAUAAACUAAACAUUGUCAUUUUGGAAUGGAAGUAAAUGGUAGAGAUUUUCGAAACAUUUAUCCUGGUAAUUAAUAGUACAAAUGUUUCAUUGUCGAACUUAGUAUUGUUGAUUCAUCCUCUGAAGACGAUCUAUGGUAAAUGUAUUAAACUACCUGUUUUCAUGCUGGAGGUUUAGAUAUUUUUUUUAAAGAAAAGCCAAUUUACAUUUUCACGAGUUAGUUCCGUUGAACUGGUUUUUGGAUUUACUGCGAGAAUAGUUUUGAAAUAUCACAAAUGGGUGCGGCCAUGUAUAGGUUUUGUCAUUUGAUGAAUUCUUUAAAAUAUGAAUUUAAUUCUUGUUCUUCUAAUGAGCUACUGAGGGCUUAUUGCAAACUGUGUGAUCGAAUUCAAAUUUUAUGAAAAAUCUAUAGUUUGUUUAUCCGUGGUUAAAUUCAUAGCAAGCCUAUUUUAGGCCAAACAAUUCUCGAAGUUGGAAGUCAUGGAUUUUAGAAAAAUCUUUAAAAAGAAAAGAUAAUAUCAGGUAUAGCGUCUUAUGACCGUUAUUAAAAGAUACGGAGUCAUUUUUGAAUAGCUUAAGUGUGGCUUUAAUAAGUCGUGUGUGGCUGGUUUAAUAAGUCCAUUUAAGUAGUACUUUUAUAUAACAAAACAGCCAGUUCUCAAUUAAUUUAAGAAUAAACAGUUAAUAUCUUAUGAAUAUCUUUUUUAAUCGGCAGAAUUUGUAUUCAUGUAUUCUUAUACAAUGGAACUAAGCCAGCCUUGUACUUUGAGUUCUCUAUGGCCACUCUGAUGUACAAAAGAGGCCACUACUCCCCUUUAUUAGAAAUCUUUGAUACCUGGAAUUCAUUAAAUAGUCUUGACCAAGUGAUUACUGUACCACCAUGGUUGACUACAGGAAUCCAUUUGAAAAGUAGAAACUUUUGAGUAGAUUCUGUCUUGGAUAAUUGCUGUCUUCUAAAGAUUUCAGACUGAGAUAUCUGCACAAAACUAGAGGAAAUACUAUUGCCUAGUUGUCACAUGUUGUCAACUGUUAGAAUGCAAACUGAAAUAACCUUCAUUAAGUUCUUGAACAGUAUUCUUAAAUUCAACAAAAUAUGCAUUAUUGAAAUGUUCUUUUUGUCUUUGCAUUUCAUUUCGGAAUGGUAAGAAGAUAGAAUCAAAAAGUCUCCUGACUUCUUUUUUUUAUCUUUUAUAAUUGAAGUACGCAUACAUUUCUUCAGAGAGCGAAUUCGACAGAACGGUCGAUAUAUUUAUCUUGCAUAUACUAAAUGUUUCUAAAUCAUCUUCCUUUGACUUUCAUUCCAAAAUUUACUUGCUUCAUUUCAAACUUUAUUAUUAGAAAAAUAUAGUCAUAAUUAGAAGAAUUAUGAUUAUAUUUAACAUACCAAAUACUAUCAAUGAUUUCCAUCAAAAGUAUUGAACAUUUCACUGCUGCAAUAGUUGAAAAAACUUUAAUGCACCUUUUGCAUUUAUAAUUUAAUCUCAGCUAUUAUAGUUUUGACAUUUUGCGUUUUAUUUGAAGUGAUUAAAUUGUUGUAUGGAUGACUCUUAUAAAAAGUUUAUUUAUUUUAUGUUAUCAGAUGAAAGGACACUUAAUACUUCCAUUGAUUUUACACUAUUAAAAUCCUUUUUUGAUACGAUGUUUUCAAAAAUAAAUGAAAAACUUUACCAUGUUUUUGGCGAUUUAAAUUAUUUGGGAGGAAAUAUAAUUUUUGAUAUUUUAAAAAGGAAGUACAGAAACACUGUGUUUAAAUAUGUAAUUAACAUUCUUGUAAACAUUCUAUGCUUAUAUUAUUCAAAAAUUAUUUGUAAAAGAAAAGUAUGAAAUGAUAAAAAUUAAGAGCUUGCAAUUUAUCAAUAAUAGAUAAAUUUAAAUAGAGCAUAAAACAUGACAUAAAGGCUCUCAGUUUAUCUUUAAUUACCAUAUAAAAACCAUGAUCAUUUGAAGGAGAACCAUGAAUAGAUUGAUGAAAUCAGAUAUUUUUAGUAAAAUAUUAUCAACUUUUAAAUGAGAAAAAACUUAAAAUCAGAAAGUAUGCAUUUUAUAAAGCGUUUCAUCUGUUUGUUUCACAACUUCCUAUUUAAAUAAAUAAUCUCUCUUGCAACCUCUAAAAGUUUCAUUUUGAAUUGGGAAAUCACAGCUUCUUGAACAAAACUGUUCAAUAUUGUGCGAGAUAUAUUAUUCAAUAUUACCGAUAUUAUACAAUAUUACGAAUAUUGUUUAAUAUCAUUAAAACAUUGUACAGUAUUUGCAUACAGCUAGAGACUAAAAAUUAAUAGCCAUUCCUUAUUUUAAAUUGAAAUAAAAUACAAACUUAUUACGAAGAAGAAUGGAUAUUUAUAUUUAUAACUACUUUAUUAUUGUAUUUUUCAAAUUCAUAUGAAAGUCUAUAGGAUACCUACAGAUAAUUGAUCAUUUGAAAUUACAUGCAAUUAAAUUGUUUAUUAAAUUACGAACAAUUAUCCUACAAUAAUGCAAAUUGUAAACUAAACUAAUGAAUCAAUUUUAAUUUCUAUUGUUUUAACAAUUUCAUAAAUUAUUUUUUAUUAAUGCAAAUUUGAUUGUGAGUAAUUUAAUCUGUUUAGUUAAUUUCUAUUAUAUUAACAAUUUCAUAGAUUAUUUUUUUAUUAAUGUAAAUUUGAUUGUGAGAAAUUCUUAAGCAUUUGGCAGUAAAUAUAUUCAAGGAGUAGGUUAUAUAAUAUUAUAUCGCUUGAGCAUUUGUCUAUAUAUGCAUUAAAGGAUUAGUUUUUAAAAAUAAUUUAGAAUGUUCCUUAAAGAACAUGUUGCUAAACUGACCUUAACAAAAAGGAAAGAAAUGAUAAUGAGAUUUUCAAACUAAAAUUUUUCAUUAACAUGAUAAUUGAAAAUAAAUAGGAUUAUUGAUAUGCUAAAUUUUAUUAAGGAUGUUAUUUGACUGUCGAAACUGCUUAUAUGACUGCAAUUGAAAUAAGCAUCUAGAAUUUUCUUUUUUAACAUUUCGUUUGUACUAUUCAACUUUUCGACUGAUGAAAGUGGGCAAGUAGAAAGAUAAGUCACGAAUAAUUUGUAAGUGCCAAUUAUUUCUAAAUAUAAAUAACCGUUUUUAAUAAUUAUUCAUUUUUACAUAAACGACUAAUAAAACGAAAAUGACUUAUAAAUUCUCAUAUUUAGCAUUAAAAUUAUUUGUUUAAAUUGGCAAAAAUUAAGAAAAGUGUUAAACAGCUAUUAAAAAUUUAUUUUAUACUUUGAUUAAGGCAUUGCCGAAAAUAGCAAUUUUUUUCUUUCAUUUUGUUAUUUAAGAAAGCUAUAUAAAAUGUGUUUAAUGUGUGAUGUUGCCAAAAUUAGUGUUAUUGUUCAUCGUCAUUUUU